AUGGUGGCAGUGGACCUCCAAGGGCUGCCUGAAGAGGGGCGGAACUACCAUCAGUUGCGUCGGCCCUCCAUGGAAGGGGGGCACCACCAGCCGUGUCGGCCCUCCAUGACCCCGUGCCCGAGCAGGGGGCUGCCCCAGAACCGUCCCCAGCAGACACGCAAAAAGCUCCAAGUCAUCAUCUUCAUCCUGCUGGUGGAGCUGUUUGAGAGGUUCACCUUCUUUGGGAUUGUGUGUAACAUGAUCCUGUUCUGUACGGUGAAGCUGGGCUAUGAUCACUACCAGGCUGCUACCGUUAACCUGUGCUUUGUGGGGGCCAGUACACUCACUCCUGUGAUGGUGGGAUGGUUUGCUGAUACCUGCCUUGGGAGAACCAAGGUGCUCUACUUGUGUACUCUGCUCCAUCUCUUUGGCACAGCCAUGCUCCCAGUGGUGGCGUUCCCGUUCGAGGACUUCUACAUCGACACGCACAACAUGAUUCACCAGAUGGAGCACCGGGAGCAGCACAUCCUGUUCUACACUGGCCUGCUUGCAGCUGCCCUGGGCAUCGGGGGCAUCCGUGCCAUCCUCUGUCCCAUGGGGCCAUACAAACUACAGGGCUACGACCAGCACCAGCUACUCUCCUUCUUCAACUGGUUCUACUGGCUGGUGAACCUGAACUCGACGGUAGUGUUUUUGGGUAUCGCCUACAUCCAGCAGUCAGUGGCCAACAACCUGGGCUUCCUCAUCCCCUUCAUGUCUGUGCUGCUGAUGCUCAUCGCCAUACACAUGGUCCGCAACAACCUUAUCUUCAGGCCCAAGAAAGGCAGUUCCCUGCUGACCACUCUGGGGGUGUUCCUGAACUCUCUGAAGAUGUGCUGCCUGCACUACCGCCACCUGAGUGGAGACGUAGCCAGCUGGCUGGACCGCGCCAAGGAGAACAACGGGGGGUGCUACAGUGAGACACACGUGGAGAACGUCAAGGUCCUGGCAAGGCUCUUCCCCCUGUACGGCUUGCAGAUACUGUACCGCGCCUGCAUCACUCAGAUUCCAUCAGGUUACUACAUUCAGACCAUGAACUCUAACCUGCACCUGAAUGGCUUCCUCCUGCCCAUCGGUGCCAUGAACCUCAUCAGCAUCCUACCUCUGCUGCUGCUAGCCCCUCUCAUGGAGUGUGUCACCUCCUGCUACCUGUCCAUGGAGAAAACACCCUUCUCCCCCGCCAGAGUCAUCACACUGGGUCAUGCCUGUGCAGCUCUGUCUGUCCUGGUAGCUGGCCUGUUUGAGGUCCACAGGAAGGGCUAUCCUCUGACGGAGCAGGCCCUGUCAGGGAAGGUGCUGCAGGUGUCCUCCAUGGCCUGCAUCCAGCUGGCUCCCCAGUACAUCCUACUGGGUCUGGCUGAGGCCCUUGUCACCCCCUCCUGCUCUGUGAUCUCCUUCCACCUGACACCCAGUCAUAUCAGAGGCAUCUCCCUGCACUUCCUCACCCUGUCCUACGGAGGGGGCUGUUUCCUGGGAGCCCUCAUCAUCCAGCUGGUCUACCUACUCUCUGGAGGUAACUGGUACCCAAACACCCUGCAUGAAGGGAAUCUGGAGCAUUUUUUCUUCUUCUUAGCCAUGUUGAUGACCAUAAACACUCUGGUGUUCUGGUGGAUAUCUUACAGGUACCUAGACCUGAGUGUGAUGCAGAGUAGAGGAGUAGGAAGCAGCCUCCUGGCAGAGAAGCUACUGCAGUACAAGACCUGCCUGCGAUUCUACGACACCAUGGAACGCCCCUCCACAACAGCCUCCAUAGAAACAUUGUGACCUCUACACUACCUUCAUCCCCUGUAGAGCUGGAGUUCCACUUGGUUUAUUUAUGUAUACUACAUGACCAAAAGUAUGUGGACCCCUGCUUGUCAAACAUCUCCCAACAUCAUGGGCAUUAAUAUGGAGUUGGACCCCCCUUUGCUGCUAUAACAGCCUCCACUCUUCUGGGAAGGCUUUCCACUAGAUGUUGGAACAUUGCUGCGGGGACUUGCUUCCAUUCAGCCACAAGAGCAUUUGUGAGGUCCGGCACUGAUGUUUGGCAAUUAGGCCUUACCCAAAAAGCACAGAAUCGUCUAGAAUGUCAUUGUAUGCUGUAGCGUUAAGAUGUCCCUUUACUGGAACUAAGAGGUCUAGCCCUAACAGUGAAAAACAAUACUUGGCACUAUGCGUUGGGGCAGGUAACGUUCUCCUGGCAUCUGCCAAACCCAGAUUCAUCCGUUGGACUACCAAAUGAUGAAGCUUGAUUCAUCAUUCCAGAGUACGCAUAUCCACUACUCCAGAGACCAAUGGUGGCAAGUUUUACACUACUCCAGCCGACGCUUGGCAUUGCACACGUGAUCUUAGUCUUGUGUGUGGCUACUAGGCCAUGGAAACCCAUUUCAUGAGGCUCCUGAUGAACAGUUAUUGUGCUGACGUUGCUUCUAGAGGCAGUUUGGAACUCGAUACUGAGUGUUGCAACCCGAGGACAGACGAUUCCUACGCGUUACGUGCUUCAGGACUUGGCAGUCCCGUUCUGUGAGCUUGUGUGGCCUACUACUUCGAGGCUGACCCGUUGUUGUUCCUAGACGUUUCCACAAUAACAGCACUUACAGUUGACCAGAGCAGCUCUAGCAUGGCAAAAAUUUGAACUGACUUGUUGGAAAGGUGGCAUCCUAUGACGGUGCCACGUUGAAACUCAAUGAGCUAUUCAGUAAGGUCAUUCUUCUGCCAAUGUUUAUCUAUGGAGAUUGCAUGGCUGUGUGCUCAAUGUUAUACACCUGUCAGCAACGGGUGUGGCUGAAGUAGCAAAAUCCAAUAAUUUGAAGGGGUGUCCACAUACUUUUAUAUAUAUAUUGUAUGUACAGUACUGUGUAUUCAUUUAAUUGAUGGUCAGUUUAGAUCAGUGGUAUUCAACAGUCAGUUUUAGACAGUCAGUUUAGAUCAGGGGUAUUCAACAGGCAGUUUAAUACCCUCAGUUUAGAUUUGUGGUAUUCAACAGUCAGUUUUAGACAGUCAGUUUAGAUCAGGGGUAUUCAACAGGCAGUUUUAGACAGUCAGUUUAGAUCAGGGGUAUUCAACAGUCAGUUUAGAUCAGUAGUUUUCAAUUGUCCGUUUUAGACAAUCAGUUUAGAUCAGUGGUAUUCAACAGUCAGUUUAAAUGGUAUUAAAACUUUUUCAUUAGGGACCCCAUUUUUUCCACAAUAAGACUUUGAUUACCACUUGUUUAAAUGGUCAUAGCGCGUCGGACUAGUAACUGAAAGGUUGCAAGUUCGAAUCCACGAGCUGACAAUGUACAAAUCUGUCAUUCUGCUCUUGAACAAGGCAGUUAACCCACUGUUCCUAGGCUGUCAUUGAAAAUAAGAAUUUGUUCUUAACUGACUUGCC